ACAUCAGGAAUGGUGGUUGAUGCCCAAUUAGAAAAAUCCUCAAAGAAACAUAAGAAGUCGUCAGAUAUCAACGAGGAGUUCACAACUGAUACUGACUUAAAACAGAAAUCGUCCAAAGACCUUGAAUCUUUUGACGAAGCAGUCGCCGUAUCCGCUGAAAAUACUCCAAAUCAGAUAAAACCUAAACGUAAACCCAAGUUUAUCGUGACUCCUCGUUCCCAAACGUUUGGUGAGAUUAACAACGAAACCGAAUGCAAAUCGUCAAAGAGAAAAUCAGUUCACUUUGCUGAGGGAUUAGAGCUCGGAGAAAAUCGAAAUGUCAGAAGCAAGCCAAUCUUGAAAUCGUCAAGUGGGGAAUCUAAUGCAAUUGAAGCGACUGCUGCCACUGCAGGCGGUAAACAGCCGGUAUCGUCAGUGAAGAAAAAAUUGAGUAAGAAUGCGAUCAAACGUAUUAAGUGGGUAAAACGUCAUCGGCAGAAAACUGUCUCAAAACGCAAACGCAAGGCCAAUUUAAAGUUGGCUCGUUCGAGACCCCAGCGUGAUGUUCAAGAUCGUGUUACUAAUGCGAUUGAAUACCUCAGCGCCUGGUAUGAAAGCCCCGAGACUUGGAAGUAUCAAAAGCUUUCCCAAAUUACUCUAAUCAAGCACUCCUUUAAUUCCCAACUGAUCAACGAUGACACCUACGAGUUACUACUUCACUAUCUUGCUGGAGUUCAGGGAGCUUCUUGCGAUCGAAUACGAUCAAUGUGUCAGCAAGUGAUCGAUAAUGAAGGUGCACAACCCGAUUGUCCUGCUGUACCCCUAGCAAUACCUGAAUCAUGCGAUUCAGCUAAUGUUAUCGAGAGGGCUAAACGAAUGCUGGACUUUGUGCUACCAUCUACAUUUCAGUUGUAA